AUGAACCGAAUUUUGCAUCAGUUCGUGUUCCUCAUUGACCAGCUUUGUCAAAGUGAUCCUGACCGUCCAGUCGGUGAUCUUGAAGCAUUCAGCCCCAACGAUCUCAGGGAGAUUCGCGCGCUUCACCCCGAAAACAUCCCCACUGUGGAGACCUCAUUCCCGGCUAUCUUCGCCGAGCAGGUUGCUUGGAGCCCCGAAGCACUUGCUGUUGAUUCCCAACAUGGUGUCAAGCUUACAUAUGCCGAGCUAGAUAGACUAAGUGACGGGCUCGCCCGAUAUUUGAUCUCUUUGGGUCUGAUGCCUCAGGACGAAGUAGGGUGGUGCUCGGAGAAGACGCCGUGGACAGUUGUUGGUAUAGUUGCCAUCGCCAAAGCCGGAGGCAUAUUCAUCUUUCUUGAUCCUUCCCAUCCUCCAUCACGCCGAGCAGAGAUAUUGCAAACCGGUCAACCUCGCCUUAUCCUAGCCAUUUCGCCACACGACGGGCUCUUUCAGUAUCCGGAUGCGCAACCCGUGGACGCAGUGGUGCUGGUUGAUGAAAGACUGCUCACAGAGCUACGGGACCAAAAACAUGGAGCUCUCCCCGACAGUCUUCAGGCUGACUCUGGCUUAUACAAUCAAUUUACAUCUGGGAGCACCGGAACACCAAAGGGCUGCCUCGUUGAACACAGCAAUUUCCUCAGCUCAGCCGCGAUCUAUACGCACCGAACCAACCUCACGCAACAAAGCCGUGUUUUCCAAGUGUCCUCUUAUAAUUUCGACAGCUCGAUUCUGGAGAUGCUUGCCUCUUUGACGGUUGGUGCGUGUGUCUGCGUUCCCCGUGAAGAGGCCCGCUCGGAUGAUGAUCUACCUGGAACCAUGAACGACCUUGCCGUCACCUGGGCUCUAAUAACACCCUCCCUCGCAAGGACUCUGCUGGCUACAAGUGUGCCAAGCCUACAAGACCUCGUCCUGGCCGGCGAAGCGCUCUCCGAAGUUGAUGUGAAGACGUGGGUUGCGUCAGUUCGUCUAUAUAAUGGAUAUGGCCCCGCAGAGUGUGCUAUUCUCACAACGGUGAACCGAAUUGUUAACACUGAUGUGGCGCCUAAUGAGCUUGGGAAGCCACUCGCAUCGGCAAAUUGGAUUGUCUGUCCUCAAGACCCCAACAAGCUUGCCCCUCUCGGGGCCGCCGGGGAACUUCUAAUCGAAGGUUCUAUCGUGGGCCGUGGGUACUUAAACGAUUCGCACCGCACGAAACAUCGAGUAUAUUUAAACGGAGACCUAGUGAGAUACACUCGAGAUGGUAGCAUAUCAUACGUCGGCCGGAAGGAUUUGCAAGUCAAGAUACGCGGGCAACGUGUCGAGCUCGGUGAGAUUGAACAUCGCUUGUGGACACAUUCGCUAGUGAAUAAUGCUGUUGUCGUGUAUCCCACUUCUGGCCGUUGCAGCCGGCAGCUGGUCGGGUUUCUGGCCUUAACCAGGGUGACAUCCUUUGCGCAGAACCCGGACGACGUUACUUUGCUACCCAACCAUGUUCUGCCAACAAUAACUGAAGAUGUGCGGAUAAUUGAAAACUCGCUUUCUAGCCAAUUACCAUCGUACAUGAUACCCACUGUUUGGGUUCCGCUCAGUUCUAUACCACUACUCGUUUCGGGUAAGUCGAAUCGUCGCAUAUUGCUGAACUGGCUGGCCGGGCUCGAUGACCCAACCUUCACUACAAUUGUGAACCUGGGCCAGAACGAGUCGACUGAAACUCGACCAUGGAGUCAAACGGAGGAGACUCUUCGAACCAUUUGGGGUAAGGUACUCAACCUUCCCUUCGAACGCAUUCACUUGAAUAGUUCGUUUCUCCGCCUCGGAGGUAAUUCGAUAUCUGCAAUGCAAGUGGCAGGCCUGGCGCGAAAGGCCAACAUCGAUUUCCCACUAACAGCGGUACUCGGAUCUUCUUCGCUGAAGGAACUUGCAACGAGCGCGAGAGCAAUUCCCAAAAUAUCCCGCGCUAAAGCACCCAGUCUAUUUAAGCGCCACCCAAUGCUGCGAGCGCGAUUUCAGCAUCAGCAGCGGGGCAACGAGCGGCAUUCGCAAAUGAUUACGAAUGAGGUCUUUACUUCAUACCGUUUACAAACGCACCAAUCCUCAGCUCUCGAAGAUACGUGCUCCGCCCUCGAGGCCAGUCGGGUGAGCCUUGAUAUCUACUCGGGCCCACUUCUCGCAGCAGACCUGGUAGAGACGGAGACGGACCAGGUCCUUUUCUUUACCAUUCAUCACUUAGUGACAGAUAUGGUAUCAUGGAACGUGAUUUUGGGCGACCUGGAAGACUUCUUGUUACGUGGAGAAUUCCGUUAUGCGGAGGAGGAGUCCUAUCCUUUUCAAGACUGGUGUAAAUUGCAGGAGCAGCAUGCUCAGAUGUUGGAUCCAGCAUCCGUGCUUCCGUUUUCUGUUCCUCCCGCGGAUUUUGAUUACUGGCAGAUGGAACAUGAGACCAAUCUCCUCCAAGAUCUCGUGGGAGAAGAGAUUGCACUUGACAAAGACCAGACAGCCAAAUUGCUGGACACAAAUGACCGUGUUGAUGUACAAGACUUUAUCAUAGCUGCUCUAUUACGCUCUUUUGUCAUGGUCUUUGACGACCGGUGUCCACCAACGGUCUUCCGUUACGAUCAUGGCCGCAGACCUGAAGGGCAAGAGAUUGACCUAUCUCGAACUGUGGGAUGGCUCACCACGGUGACCCCCGUAACAGUGCCAGUCAAAGCCCAUGAUAGCCUGUCAACUAUUGUGCACAGAACCCACGCAGUUCGGUCUUCAAUACCCGGCAGUGGCUGGCCGUACUUUAUCUCGCGGUAUCUUACAGAAGAUGGUGCGGCUGCAUUCCAGAGUCACAAUAGGAUUGAGGUGCUGUUGAACUACCUUGGUUCGGGCCUCCAUGGGCAAGCGACAACGCCUGUCAAAACGCGACUGGAGCGUUCCCAGGCUUUCUCUGAUUCGACCGAAGGUGGGCUCGGUGCUCGAGGCCAACCAGUUCGUCGGUUCGCCCUUUUUGGUGUACAAGUGCAGUUACUUGAUUCGAGAUUGAUUAUUCAAUUUGAGUACAAUCGCAGAAUGAAACAUCAGGACGGAAUUUUGCGGUGGAUUAGUGCCUUGCGCGGCCUGCUGGAUGAGGAUAUAUUGUUGGAAUAA